GAGUAUAACCGUGGCCUCUUUCUUAAAGACAAGAUUGUGAAAAAAUCUAUUUUCCCUCCACAAAUUUUCACAUUUCGUGCGUUUCUUUUCCGUUCCCCUCUACCCUAUGAAUUUUGUUCACAUCGCCGUGUCUCCCUCGAAUCACCACUGCACCGCCCAACUUCGUCUCCGUCUCAGGGCACAACCCCCUUCUCCAUCUACCUGUCAAACCAGCGCACCACUUCCACUGAGUUUUGUGCCUCCCUGUCAACACCAUCGUGCGUCUCCUUCUCUACAUCAGAGGUGAAGUUCGUGAAUAGUGAAUAAAGAUUUCACCUUUGUCGGUGUGAAGAAGGGAUCUUGCCGAAGACACUGUUUUUGCGGAAGAGGGCUAAAGUCUAUUUACAGCCACUAGACUUAAAAUAUUGGAUUAGUAAUUAACUUAAUUGCUGUCAAAUGAUAGGGGGUUUGGACUUGAGAGAGAAGGUGUGAAGUGAGUCACUAAGCGUUGCGCCUCUCUUUUCUUCUUCCUUCGAAUCCCUGUUCUUUGCAUUGGCCCAGGAUGACCUCUCCUGAGACCCUUUCGUUCAUGGAGCUAGCCAUACAUCAGGCGAGGUUAGCUUUGGAUGCUCUUGAAGUGCCUGUUGGAUGUGUGAUUGUUGAGGAUGGGAAGGUAAUAGCCUCAGGCAGGAACCGAACUACUGAGACACGAAAUGCUACAAGGCAUGCAGAAAUGGAAGCUAUAGACGUUCUUCUAGGGCAGUGGCAGAAAAAUGGACUUUCAAUGUCUGAAGUUGCUGAAAAAUUCUCAAACUGCAGUCUUUAUGUUACCUGUGAACCAUGCAUAAUGUGUGCAUCUGCUUUAUCAAUUUUAGGUAUAAAGGAAGUAUUUUAUGGCUGUUCAAAUGAUAAAUUUGGAGGCUGUGGAUCGAUACUGUCACUGCAUUCAAGUAACACCGCACCAGUCAAUAAUGGAGCUCCAUCAGGAAAGAAUUACAAAUGUACUGGAGGUAUAAUGGCAUCAGAAGCUGUCCUUCUCUUUCGAACAUUCUAUGAGCAAGGAAAUCCCAAUGCUCCGAAGCCGCACAGGCCUCUAGCACGUCAGGAAUGAAGUGUAAUUUGUAUAUCACCGGCUUCGUUUCCGCCAUUUCUGUGUACAAGGUUUUUGAUUAUGUAUGGCUGAAAGUUGUUUCUUACUAAUCCAUUGGUUUGAAUUUCUAUUUUGUCUUACAGUUGCUGAUAUGGUAUCUGUCAUGAACCGGGAAUCUGCUCUACCGUAGCAUAGUGGGCGGGUUCAAGCUGGUGUUGAAUGUGACACAACGCCUUUCAAUUCGAAAAUCAACUUGAUGUAUAAUUUAAAACAAUUACUAGAAAGAUGAAUCACAUGUUGUCGUUCUAACCGAUUCUUUCUUACAGGAAGUUCAAACUAGUUGCAAAAUGGAAUUGAAGCUAUUCAAUUUUGUUAGAUGUUUUAGUUUCUGGAAGGUGCAGUGAAGUUCGAACUAGGCUUCUUUUUCUGUCGGUUCAAUUUCUGGUGUAAAGUAUUUUUUUACUAUUCUGGAUGACUCUGACGUUUUACUUA